CGAACACAUAGCAGUGAAAUAUUUGAAUAAAAUUCAUUAUCUUUUCUGUGCUACCAUAAUGCGCCAUUAAAUUUCAAAUAGGUAUUUACCUACCUAUGUUUCAGCGACAUAUCACUGAGAAAAAGUUUUUUCUCAGGCUCGGUCACAGACUUUUCUAUUUAGAAAACGAUGCUCUACAGUUUCUUCAGGUUAAUUGCUCAGGAGAGUACCAAACGGGCUCUGUCGCUGACGAUGCUGGAUUUUUCAAAACCUCCAAAUAUCUUGCUAAUGACGCCGUUUUAAAAAUAUGUGUUUAUGUUAAAUCAGGUGAUCGAAUGAAGGUUAUGCAUGCUCUUACAUGUUUCUGUUCAAUUCAAUUAAUUCCCACUUACUUGUUUGGAGAGUUUCGCGAAUUGUCAACUGUGUUAAAAUUAAACGUGUUUGCGAUAAUUGGCCUACAAGAAAAUAUUCUACAAUGGUGAGUCUACAUGGAAGAGGUCUUCAUUUUGUAUUCAAAAUACCAGACCGCAAAAAUACUAUGGACUUUUACAGAAAAGUUUUAGGAAUGAAAGUAUUGCGACAUGAAGAGUUCAAAGAAGGAUGUGACGCUCAAUGUAAUGGAGCAUACGAUGGCCGUUGGAGUAAAACGAUGAUUGGAUAUGGCUCAGAACAUGAAAACUUCGUCAUUGAGUUGACUUACAAUUAUGGAGUUAAAUCGUACGAUAAAGGGAAUGAUUUCAUGGGAAUAACCAUUCAAGAUGGUGAAAUUUUAAAAAGAGCUAAAAAAGAGAACUGGCCCAUUGCUGAUGAAAAUGUUCUAGAAGCUCCAGGCGGCUACAAGUAUUUUAUUGUGGAUAAACCUAUACCAGAUGAUAAAGAUCGUCUCCUAAAAGUUACCCUAAGUUCUUCAAACCUGGCCAAAUCAAUAAAUUUCUGGAAUGGCAUUCUUGGCUUGAAGAUUUUUGAUCAGACAGAAAAAUCGGCCACUUUUGGAUUUGAUGAUAAAGGAACUAAACUUCAAUUAGAAUAUAUCGGUGGUCCAAUUGACAGACGCCAAGCCUAUGGUCGUAUCGCGUUCUCCAUUCCUUAUGCUGAACAAGAACUUUUGUCCAAACAUGUUACCGAAAAGAAGCAAACAAUUUUGAAUCCUUUGCUGACUCUGGACACUCCUGGCAAAGAAACUGUCAGAGUUCUUAUCUUGGCCGAUCCUGAUGGACAUGAAAUUUGCUUUGUAGAUGAUGAAGGCUACAGAAAAUUAUCGGAACCUGAUUUUGAAAGCGAAAGAGUACUGAACCUACAAAUUGAAAAAGAUAUAUAGAUUAUAAAAAAAAAAACGUUUUUUUUUUUUUUUACCAUUUAAAACGAAACAGGCUAAAUAUCUGAUGCCACAUUUAUUUUUCAAAAAAUCGCUCGUACACGUAAUUUGAUUUUCAAAGAGGGAAGUUUUCUGCAAUCAUUUUUAGCACUUCAACUUUAACCCUCUAGGCGGGGUGGACCAACCCUUACUAUUUCAAAUGAAACAAGGGGUCGAGUGAUACCUCUUUUAAAAGAGCGCUCAAUUUUCUUUCAUUUGAUGUCAUUUGAAAGGAAAUUGAACGGUCUUUUAAAACAGGUAUCACUCGACCCCCUGCUCCAUUUGGAAUGCUAAGGGCUGGUCCCAACCCCCCUAUAGGGUUAAAUUAUUGCUGAAAAUAUUUCAAACACUUCACACAAUCAAGUUACGUGUACGAGCGAUUUGAAAAAAAAUAAAAGUGACAUCAGAUAUUUAGCCUGUUUCGUUUUAAAUGGUAUACCCUGUAUAUUAUUACUCCCAAUAUUUGUUAAUUCUAGAAACAUCACGAAUGUCAUUUAUGUUUAUUAGUUUAUAACAUGUAUUAAUUAAUAAUGUAAUAAUGUUUCCUAUUGAUAUCCUUCAAAAUACAACCACAGGAGAAUGAGGGUAUUCAGGACAAAAUUACAAAAUAAUAUUCAAGAAGUACAAAAUUUUGAUGAUAAACCUAAUGAUUUUUUCUAGAAUGUGAGAUCCAAAUCUGAAGAUGAAUAAGUUCAAGUAUUAUAAUGAUCUCUCCUUCUUUGUCUUAUUUUUUUGAGGGUACCUUUAUUGACAGGAAAUAUUAUCUAUCUUUUUGUUAUUGUUUUGUAAAAUUUUUAUUUCUAAAUACAUACUGAAAAGGAAAUAUGAAAAAAAAUGUGAUACUUUCAAAUUAAAUUAACCGUUAAUUGUAAGUGAUUCCAUUUUUGAUAUUCUGUAAAUUUUAUUAUAUGAAAAAAUAUAAGUAGUACCUACUCUGAUUACAUUGUUGACAUACUUUAUUUGAGGUAAUACAAAAGAUUCACAUUUUUUGAAUCUGAGGAAAUCGCUAUUGACGAGCGCACUUGAAGCCGAAUUUUCCAUUCCUACUUUAGCUUGUUUUUUUUUGUUUGUAUUUUGUUUGUGUCUUGAGACUUUCUAAGCCCUUUGCCUCUUGCUAAUGUGACUAAUUUCCAAAGCGUUUUUUUGUCCAAUGCCAACGAUAUAAAUUCGUAACAUUUUGAAAGAAACUCUGGUUCAGUUUCCGUUCAUCAAAAUAUUCCCCUAAUACGAGAAACAUAUAUUGUGUAUAUUCUUCUCUAUUGCACAUAUCAAUUUCAGGCAUUUUUUGAGAGAAUUAUUUUGUAACAAGUACCUAAAUAUAACCCCAUCCCAAGCUCGGCGUGUGUUUUUUUUAGGUAUUUCAUUUAUAUCGUUGCAGUUAGAUGCCCUUAUAGUCCUUACAUUUACUGUAUUCCUUUUACCCGUUGAGUUACUUAGAGCUCCUCAAUGUCAAAAGCUUGAACGUUCCUUUUAAAAGUGCCUUAAGCACUCGAGUCGCUCAUAGUGCAUCCCCCUUUCCCCUGAUGCACCAAAUUUGUGGGGGGUGCAAGAAGCCCUUUUAGGUAAGGACGGUAAUGUUAAUAUUAAAAAAUAAUGAUAAAAUUUGAAUUGUGUUUUGGAGUGACUCCGAGGAGCUCGUUUGGUGUAACUCAAUGUAUAAAAGGAAUACAGUAAUUGCUACUUAGCAUUCACUAAAGUAAGGUAUAGGGUAAGGCUUAUCGUGGAGCGCGGUCAUAAAUCCAUGGCUUAAGGGUGAGAAUGCCAGGGAAACCUCAACACGAUCAAAAACUGCCUUUUUUUUCUUUUUUUAUUCUUCCUAAUUGGGUCCACCUGUACUUUGUAUACUCUACCUCAGAAAGUUCGUUUCAACCAAUGAAAUUCACUCUGACUGGUUUGUGAUUUCUGCAGAAACAGACCUAUUGGUUGAAACUAGUUUUCGGACUAUGUUCAACGAAUGAAAUUCGCUCUGACUAGUUUGUGAUUUCCGCAGAAACCGACCUAUAAUAAAUUAUAAUAGCCCUGUUCGGAUGUGAAAAAAGGACGGUUCUACAACGGUUCAAAACAAUCGCACGGUUUAUCAUUCAAUAAAAAUGACAACGGCUCAGCUACCACAAAUAAUUUCAAUAAACGCUGCGAGUGUUUUGAACCGUUCUCGAACGGUCCUUUUUUCAAACCCGAACAGGGCCAAUAUACAGGGUGCGGCAGUCAAACCUGCAAUUUUACAAAUAGCGCGGGAGCCAAGAAAGGGGAGAGUGGGGAGAGUGAUGAGUGAUCUGUUCCCCCUAUCGAAGCAUUUUGGUAGCCAUGGAACUAGGGGUCCAAACAAGAACGUUCCUUCGCCGUGAAAGCAUUUUAUCAAAGCGGUAGUUAUACAGCCGUUAAACGCCGCUUCCGUGUUCGUUUCCAAAUUAAUCGUAAUCGUCCAUCGCCUUGUGUUAACUGUUAACUCAAUAAAGUUAUGGGCACAAAAAUUUGAAAACAUCGGUGGAACGAGUUAACAGAAGGAACGGGUCGAUUACGAUUAAGUUGGAAAUGAACACGGAAGUGGCAUUGAACGAUUGUAUAACCACCGCUUUGAUAAAAUGACGACGGCGAAAGACCGUUCUUGCUUGGACCUUGGACCACUGUGCCAUAGCUACUAAAAUGUACAGUGACUCUAUUACCACAGUGGCGACAAUUGCUGUCUCAUUUUUUAUUGGUUUUUUAAAAUCCUAUGUAUUCAAAUAGAAAACGCCGCCAUUUUUUGCCCUGCUUCUUGCUAAUUUCAAAUAUGAAUAUAUAGGAUUUAAAUGGCCAUCCAUCAUAAAAACUUGAAAACAACGUAUUUGAUAACUAUUAUUAGGUACAUCAAAUAGGUUGUUUUCAAUUUUUUACGAUGGUUGUCCAUUUAAUGUCCAUUUCCACCAACUAUUUUAGGGAAGCCCUAACGAUAGGUAUGCCUUAAACUGACAUUUCUCCAUGUAAAAAUGUCAUUUUAGGGAAUACUUAUCGUUAGGGCUCCCCUAAAAUAGUUGGUGGAAACGGCCAUAAAUCCUAUAUACAGUGUCAUUACUUAAGUGUGCAACAUAUGGGAUUUUUUUAACUAAUAGCACAAUCAAAAUACAAACAAGGCCAAAAGUUGGUGCAUGUCUGAUAAUCAUAUUAGGUGCACUUAGAAUGGUUGCAAGUCAAACAGCAUACAGGGUAGCUCAAAAAAUAUCAAAAUUGUAGAAAUAUUUACUUAAAUAAAAUAAAACUUUUGCACUUUAAGGAGAGUUUUUUUAAUAUGGCUAUUAUCAUUAGUAAUGUUUUAACUUGUUAAAAAAAAAAUUGCGACAUUUUAAAGUUGUGUUGAAUAUCAUUGCAACAAACAUGAAUUUUGUGAUUCCAUAAAAAAUUAAAAAUCUAAGUUAAUUUUACAAAUAUGCUUGAAUUUGA